AUGGCAAGUGCACGAAUUCAACGUUGGGCACUGAAACUGGCAAACUAUAGCUACACUUUGCAGUAUAGGCCUGGAGUUCAGAAUGGUAACGCCGAUGGUCUUAGCAGACUACCAUUGGCAACAUCACCGGCUACCGUUCCUGUACCAGAGGAAGUAGUGUUUGCGAUGGCUUUGUUAGACGGCACCCCAGUGACAGCAUCACUAGUGGCCAAAUGGACGGCUAGAGACCCAGUGUUAUCAGCCGUCGUCAGGUUUAUACUUCAAGAUUGGCCUUCUCAAGUAGGAGAAGAAUACAGACCUUUUCAUCGCCGGAAUAAUGAACUAUCUGUGCAGAAAGGCUGUGUACUUUGGGGCUCAAGAGUGAUAAUUCCAGUUCAGGGUCGGGAAAGACUCUUAGCAGAAUUGCAUGACAGUCAUCCUGGAAUGGUGCGAAUGAAGGCCCUCGCACGUAGCUACUUAUGGUGGCUUGGGCUAGACCUAGACAUUGAAACCACAGUUCGCGGAUGCACUGUUUGUCAACAGCAUGGUAAAGUACCGCCAAGGGCAAGUCUGCACUCAUGGGAAUGGCCAGGAAAGCCUUGGUACCGGAUACACAUAGAUUAUGCCGGACCAUUUGAAGGCAAAAUGAUACUGGUGAUAGUAGACGCACACAGCUAG